AGCAUCGAAUCUCUUUAUCUUUUUUCCUAAGCAAAAAAAAACAUGAAUCAGUAUCAAAAUGUUGAGAAGAUUUUCGAGGACUUCAGACCUUAUCUCGAUUCUUACUGGGUUUACGUCGUUGGUAUCAUUUUAGGAAUUUUAACGGCAAUCAGAUCCUAUAUGGGUGGUUCUGAAUGUCCAUCGAAUCAAAGAAUAGAUGGAAAAAUAGUGUUGAUUACUGGAGCUUCCAGUGGAAUUGGAAAGGAAACUGCUAUAGAAUUAGGAAGACGUGGUGGUCGUAUAAUUCUCGCUGUUAAAAAUACAGUUUCGGGUAACAAAGUAGCAGAAAAAAUUCGUUCAAUUUCAAAUGGAAAGGCAGAGGUUAAAUGUGUCGAUCUCUCUUCUUUGAAAAGUGUUCAGAACCUUGUAAAAAAUUUAGAAGUAGAUCGAAUCGAUAUAUUAAUAAACAACGCGGGAAUUGCAUUUCAUCCAUUUGAAAAAACAGAGGAAGGUUUUGAAAUGCAUUUUGCCACCAAUUACCUCGGUCACUUUCUUCUGACACAAUUACUUUUACCGAAAUUGAAAAAAUCGGAUCAAGGUAGAAUUAUAAAUCUUUCGGCUCGAGCUCACAUGCUUUCUUCGAUCAAUUUGGACGAUUUGAAUCAAGAACAAAAAUUCACAGCAAGGGGAGCUUUCGCACAAAGUAAAUUAGCCUUGGUUCUCAUGACUAUUUACAUGAGUUCCUUAUUAAAAGAUAAUACAAAAAUUACAAUUAAUGCGGUUGAUCCAGGCCUCGUCAGAGGAACAGGAAACACAAGACGAUCUCCAAUUAGCUCUACUUAUUUAAUGAAAACAAUUAUGCAACCCUGGAUGUGGUUGCUGCUUAAAAACCCAGUUGAGGGUGCUCAAACGUCUAUUUAUUUGGCAGUUUCGCCUGACUUGGUUAAUCAAACUGGAAAAUAUUUCAGUGACUGUGAACUAAAAACGCCUUCGGAAAACGCCGAAAAUGAUUAUUUAUCCAAGGAAUUAUACGAAAAAUCAAUGGCAUUGAUUCAACCCUACAUGUCACUUAAAAAUUCCAACUUGUCUUCUUGAAUUGCAUUUUAAACUAAAGCAUAUUUACGGAGGUUAAUUUCCUUCUUUAUUUAUUAAGUCACUAAAAUAUAA